GGCGAAGAAGUAACCAUCAGAGACGACUGAAAAAACGACCAGUAAACAUCCUGCUUAUCUGGCGCCGUGAGCUAACCUACUUUGUGUGACAGCAUGGAUCCUAGCACCACCAUUCUUCGGGUGAAAAGGAAGCGAGGAACUGACCCCGCAGAUGCUUUAUUGUUGGCAUGCAAACGAAUUCGACCCGAAUCCACAACACAGCCUCCAGGGGAGACUGUUCCUGAACCUGAUACGAAGAUAGAAAAUUCUGUCUUCAAACUAGUAGCUACAGUAGCAUCACAGGAUGCCCCAGUGCAGCCCCACGUGCAGGAGGCCCUGGCCAGGCCCCGCGUGGCUCAUGCCCUCCGGCCCUCCACGGGCAGCUCCAAGAGGAUCAUGGGGGACCUGCGCAGCGCCAAGUGGAGCACCAGGCGAGAGGAGCGCUACCGCAUCCUGUCCAGCCACCGCACCGGCCUCCCCGCACAGACACAGACACCGGCACCUCCCUCCACCGCCGCCGAGGAGUCUCGAGAGGAGGAUGAGCAGCGAGAGGUGGCGCAGACAGAGGCGGUGGACCCCCGGCUCCCUCUAGGUGAUGUGCAGGUGGUCGACCUUGUACAUGAGGAGGAGGAGCACAGCAAGGCCCCCGGCAAGACGGUGACUCUCGAUCCUGAGACCAUCCUGUGCAACUCGGUGAAGCUGAUCCGCGAGAAGCUGUCCGUGUCUGGGGAGCAGCUGGGCCUGGAGCACAGAGAGAAGGAGGACGACUAUGUGUACGACCUGUACUACCAGGAGACCGUGGCCCCCGGCUGGAUACAGGACAUCCUGUCAGUGCGGCCCUACCAGGACGAGGGCGAGCUGGUGCCUGAAGUGGUGGCGUGGGAGGAGGAGGUGUAUGAGGAUGAGGACGAUGAGAAUGAGGAGGCCAACUGGAGGAACGAGUACCCAGACGAGGAGGACAGCGAUGUGGGCAGCGACGCAGAGGAGCGCUAUGGAGGUGGCUGGGACGAGGAGCAUUCGUACAGCAGGAGGACAUGGGAGCGCUACCAGCGGGAGGUGCUGAGGGAGUUGGGGGACGAUGACGACGACGAGGACAAAGACUUAGACUCCGACUGAGGCCCUCGUCUGUCUGUUUGGCCACCCGUCUGCCUGCCUGCCUGCCUGCGCGAGUGUGUGUGUUUGUUCCCGUCUGCUUGCUUCUGUGUGUGAAAGAGGGGCCAUUUCUACUGCGUGAAGUUUUUGUGAGAGUUAAUGUUGUGCAAAACAAAGUGUAUGUUGCGUGCGCGUGCGUGUGUUUCUGGGUGUGUUAGAUUUCUCCUCUGUGUAGGUAGUGAGGUUUGUUUGUGUUUGCGCUGUUUGUGGAGGAGAGGAGUGGUGGUGACAUGAUGCGUGUGUUUUUUCUCAUGAGCUGUGGUGAAGUGCAUGUGUGUGUAUUAGUAUGCGUAUGAUGGUAGUAUGAUUUUGUGGAAGCGUGGAGUGCUCUUUCUGUUGUGUGUAUGUUCUGAUGUUGUGUUUGUACUGACAUUAACCCAUUCAUUCCACAUGGGGUUCAAAACACUUUAAACCUUUUGUAAAUAUGUAGAUGUAUAUUAAAAAUAAUAAAGCAUUCAAAAUAAA